UUAUCUGGCCGGGUGGAGGACACAUAGAUACAGGGAGUGGCGUUGCGGCGGCGGUGCUGCGUGCUCGUGACUACAGCAUAAACUGGUGAAUAAAGGCCACGGCAUGCCGUAGUGUGCAUGCAACGUGACGUCAUGCUGACCGUUGCAAGGGAGGCGUGAGGAACAUUCCGCGAACUUAGAGUUCAGAGUGCAGUGUAGUGUAGUGUGAACAACUCGAGGGCAUCACUAGCAUGAAGCGAGGGAGAGAGCGCAGCACCUCUCUCUCCUCCUCGUCCUCCAACUCCACCUUCUACGUGAACCUGGUGGAGGAGGUGCCGCAGGACGUCUUCCCCGUCAGGAUCGAGUUCCUCGAGCACUUCGUCCUGGACGAAGAAGACGAGGACGCCUUCCUGGAGGACGAGACCGACUGCGGCGACACCUUGAGUGAACUGAGCUGCUCGAACUCGCAGCGCCUCGAUGGUUACGGAUCAGAUACAUCAUACGAGAAGGCGUGUGGGUCGGACAGGCGUGGGUCUGCCCCCGCCACGCCUAUCCUGGGGGCGCGGCCCACGGAUUCAACUCCAAACAGAUUGGUGAACUUCUUCAGUAAGAGGUCAUUCAAGAGUAACCCCCUGAAGAGGACCAAGUCUGUGACCAAGUUGGAGAGGACCAAGAGAGGAGGCCGAGGAGGGAUCAGCGGGAUGCUGGACUCGGACCCCCUGAGCCUGGGGCCCUCCAACACGCGGCUCCGGUCCUCCCGCUCUCACGAGUCCCUGUUAUCUAGUCACAAUAUGAUGCACACGCUAGACCUGGCAGCUGGUGAGGUGACUAUCAGACCCCUCCACGCCAGCAUUCUUGGUCAGGAGCACUGUUUCCAGGUCACGUCCCCCACUGGCACCAGGUAUUUCAGCUGCAGAACGGCUGACGAGAGAGACAGAUGGGUGGACUCCCUCCGCAAGGCUGUCAAUCCGAAUUAUGACAAUGUGCGGAGAACAGAAAACUCCCUAAAAAUAUUUAUUCUAGAAGCGAAGGGAAUCGGCAGCAAGAAAAGGUACUUCUGUGAACUGCUUCUCGACAACGCACUCUAUGCACGUACAUCAAGCAAGCAAAAGAGUGAUAUGUGCUUUUGGGGAGAACAGUUUGAGUUCCACAGUCUACCCACUGUGGAGAACAUCAGCGUUGCACUCUAUCGCGAAGGAGAGAAAAAGAGGAAGAAGGAAAAGAAUGUGCUGGUGGGAACCGUGAAUAUCCCAGUGGCCAAUGUGAACAGCCGCUCACUCAUUGAAAAGUGGUACCAAGUACAAAACGACGCCAGGGCUCCCAGCAAGGACCAGGCAGCACUAAGGAUUAAGUGCAAGUUCCAGUCAAUUGAUAUUCUACCCAUGGAGAUGUACUCUGAUUUUAUUCAGUAUGUGAAGGCCAACUAUGGAGUAAUCUGCGAGUUGCUGGAACCCGCCAUCAGUGUCAAGUCCAAGGAGGACAUAGCAACAGCCCUGGUCCACAUCAUGCAGAGGGAGGGCAUGGCACGCAACUUUCUGGCUGAUCUUGUUAUGAUGGAGAUUGAGAGAAUAGAUGACUCUCACCUGCUUUUCCGUGGCAACUCUCUGGCGACAAAAGCUAUGGAAGCAUUCAUGAAGUUAGUGGGAGACAAGUACUUGCAGGACACUCUUCGGCAGGUCAUCAACAAGGUUGUCGAAGAUGGACUCGACUGUGAGGUGGACCCUAUGAAGGUGCCUCAGAUAUCAUCCAUUCAGAAACAACAGGAAAACCUCAUGUAUGUUGUUCGCAUGACUUGGUCCCGCAUUCUCAACUCCCACCCUUACUUCCCCCUGGAACUGAGGGAAUGCUUCUGCCUGUACCGUGAAAAGCUGGCAUCCAUUGGGAAGCAGGGCCUCAGUGACAACCUGAUCUCUGCUUCCAUUUUCCUCCGCUUCCUGUGCCCAGCCAUUCUCUCCCCGUCUUUGUUCAACAUCACACAGGAGUACCCAGACGAGAGGGCUUCAAGGAACCUCACGCUCAUUGCCAAGACAUUGCAGACCCUGGCAAACUUUACCAAAUUCCAGGGCAAAGAGAAUUUCAUGGAGUUCAUGAAUGAGUUUAUUGAGUUAGAGCAGGCACAGAUGAAGUCUUUCCUCAAGCAAAUUUCUAGUCCUGCCACCCACGACCACCGAGUGUUAGAAUACGAUAGAGAUAUUGACAUUGGGAAGGAGCUAUCAUCAUUGCAUACAUUCUUCAAUGAAGCACUGAGGAAGUUGGCAAGUAACACCUCAAAGAACAAUAACAGCGUUUCACAACAAAUGCACUUGGAUAAGCUAAAGGAGCUUCUAGAUGAAAUUUCAGUGGCUCAGACUCGGCCGAACAUCAACCUUGUGGGGCGUUUGUCGUCUCAGAAUAGUGUGGAGUCACCCGUAUCACCAACUACCAACAUUGCUGACGCGGGCCGAAUGGAGGAUAAGCUUGGAUACCAGAGCUUACAGAGAAACAUUUUCCGGUACAAUGACCCGACAGUUAGUGAAGAUUAUCGUCCAGUUGCUCCCCCUCCCAUAAGUCACAUCCAGCCCCCGCCUGAGACCCCAUCCACACCCCGGCCCUCCACGUUGCCAAGAAAUACGUACUUGAUGGGUUCGGCACGCAAGCCAGCAGUUGAUUUGAAUACAGCUGAUGACUACGUUCUUUUCUCUGCUUUGGAACCAGAUGCAAAACCGAGAGAACCGAAUGCCAUUGGCCACAGCUACAGUUACAACCAUCUUGCACCAGUCCCAGCACAGAACACCUCCCCAGUUCACACUAACCACAACCAUCACCACCACCACCACUUCCACAACCACGCUGCUUGGUUCAACAACAGACAGGUGUUCAAUGGACACCCGCAAGUGAACGGGCAUGGUCAGGUUCAUCAGAAUGGCCAGAUUGGUCCAAAUGGAAACCCAGAGGAAUCUCUGGAUAUGAGUCACGAGGAGAAUGACAGAAAUUCUGCGGGUGAGACGGAGACCAACAUGAAAGGUUCUCAGACCUCCAUCUCGCAACUGUCUAAUGUUGCAUCAUCAGGGUAUCAGAGUUUUGCGUAUAGUCAGUCAUCCAGCCCAGUGGACCCCUCAAUAACGCACCAUGAUGCUGCCAAUAAUAAUAACGCAGCAGCAAAUAACAGUAGCAGCAGUAAUACUAGUGGUGGGAUCCAUGCAUCUCCCCAUUUAACACCUCCACAGAUGUCAGCACCACUUGCCUUCAACAACCCCAUGUACCACCUGAAUGCUGCCACCAGUUCCCCAAGACCCGUUCCCCACCGAGGGCCACGGAUGACCCACCUCCAUCACCAUCACCACCUUCACCAAACUUCACAGCAGCAGCAAAGUCCAGUUAGCUCCUCUCUCAGUUCAGCCCAUAGCGUUGAGGACCUGCAGACUGUGCCCACACUUGCUGCGGGGCUGGCACCUGGCCGAGGCCCCCAGCGGACGCACUCUUCCUCCAGUGAAGACAGCACGUCCCUAGCGUGUACACCGCCUUUGGAGCACAGAGCAUUUAAGUCUGGUGCCCCUCGCACGAAUCCCCGCUGCUUGCCGCCAGGGUGGGGUCAGCCCCCUGUUGGUCCAGGGACAACCCCCGACCAUCACCACUCUACCUCAGACUUACUGGGAGGAGCACACUGUCGGAGAACCAAGAUGACCCGCCGGCAGUCAGCAGAGGUUGGCAGCGGACGGCGAGCGAUCGAGCAGCAGCCUCCCACGCGAGUACGCCCGACGCGUGUCAAUCACAGAGUGUCAGAAACGAAAACCCUUGAAGAGUAUGAGCAAGAAAUUCUUGCAUUGCGAACGGCCAUGGAAGAAAUGCAUCUCAAAUUAGUUGCUGCCGAUGAACACAUACACACCCGUCCUGAGGCUUCUGCCCCAGAUGUCGUUCCGUCAGGUGUUCCUCACGACCCAGUCCCUCACCACCACUCCAACAGUCACCUUAAUAGCAGUCCUCAGAGCCAGUCCUCGGCUCAUCAUCAACAUGGCCGUCACAACCACCAAAAUCCUCUUUAUUCGCACUCGCAACAAAGAGCAGAUCCAGAGAUAGAGGGUGCUCACAUGAGGGACUUGUUGCAAAAGCUUCAGGAACAGUUUCGGAUAGAACAGUUGAAACUAUCAGAACAACUGGAAGAGAAAGACGCUGUAAUCCAAGCCCAGGAAGAUCGGAUCAAUGCCCUGGAUCGAACCAACACCCAAUUGCUCAUGGCUCUUGAGCACAUCAGGGAGUUGAAACUGGGCCAAGAAAAUCUCCUGAAGCAUACGCCUCAGGAAGGUAGUCAGCUGUCUGACACAAGUGACUACAAGAGCAGCUCUUGUUGAACAUCAAGCUAGGAUGGAACAAAAAUAUAUAUAUGUAUUCAGUGACACU